AGAUUGUACAAUACUUGUACCCCUCCAUCGACAAAGUCUUAGCCCCGCCGCCGUGAAGCUCCUUGUACAAUACAUACAUGAGGUAGCUUCCAACGCUCCCACGCUUCACGUUUGCGAUUUGGUAGCAAAUAAACAUCAUUCGCGGCCUCGCUGGGAACAUUCCGGUUUUAUCGCUGUAUCCUUGCUGCAAUUUCUCUCAACCAUCCACCCCGUCUUCCGUUAUACAACUUUGUCAUUUCAGCACUCUUCUAACCCGAUACCUGUACCGUCUUCGUGUCGUUCUUCAAAAUGGCAUGUCCACAUCUCGAUUCUAUCUCUUUGCAUCCCCCAACCCCAGCUGAGUCGGUCUAUCGUGAAGACUGCACUCAAUGCUUUGAUUCUAUCGACGAUGCCCAAGGCCUCGACGUCUGUCUGCAGUGUUUCAACGGAGGCUGUCUAGGUGUUCGCACCCAUUCCCAACUUCACCACGUCACCCGCAGUCACCCGCUCUCUCUAAACAUCCGUCGAACUCGGAAGCGGGUCGUAAAGGACGAGCCUCCCACGAAGAUAACCAAGCUAGCCAUCGCGGCCGAGACCGAAGCCGACCGUUACGAUAUCACGACCGCGGUCAAGUGCCACGAGUGCUCCACCGAGCUCGACAAGACCAGCCCGAAACUCGCACCUAUCGUUGACGGGAUCCUCAAGGCGAAUACUUUCUCGCGGCAGGAAGAGGUCAAGGCUUGGGAGCAGGAGCUGACAUCUUGCGAACACAUCCUUCUCCUACAGCAGCACGAAAGCCGAAAGCUCCAGAGCGACUUAGGUCACUGUUCUAAGUGCGAUCUAAAAGAGAACCUCUGGCUAUGCUUGGAAUGUGGUAACCUAGGUUGCGGUCGUGCUCAGUUUGGCGGCGUCGGAGGAAACUCCCACGGUUUGGCACACGCUACCGAGUCGAGACACGCGGUCGCCGUCAAGCUAGGAUCUAUCAGCCCGGAAGGCACAGCAGACGUGUACUGCUACCAAUGCGACGAGGAGCGCGUGGACAACGACCUCGCGACCCAUCUGGCGCAUUGGGGAAUCAUCGUCUCCGACCAGGUCAAGACUGAGAAGAGCUUGACCGAGAUGCAGAUCGAGCAGAACCUACGAUGGGAAUUCUCUAUGACCACCGAAGACGGAAAAGAACUUAAACCGCUAUUUGGACCUGGCCUGACCGGACUAAAGAAUCUCGGUAAUAGCUGCUACCUCGCGAGCAUACUUCAGUGCCUGUUCGACCUGCCCGCAUUUCAAGAGCGGUACAACAUUCCCGAAGUCGACCUGCCCAUCGUGCCCGAUCCGGCUCAAGAUCUCGAAACGCAGCUGCGCAAAUUAGGAGACGGCCUACUAUCAGGUCGCUACUCGAAGCCGGACUCCGACGUCGUAGCCUCCGAGAAUUCCCCCGAGAUCCCAUACCAGAAAGGUCUGUCGCCUAGCAUGCUAAAGCACCUUAUCGGCCGCGGACACGCCGAAUUUUCGACGAUGCGCCAACAGGACGCCUUCGAGCUUUUACAGCACCUAGUCAAGUUCAUAACCAGAUCUCAACACUCGACACCCCUAAAGGAUCCUACCCAGUCGUUUAGGUUCGUCCUUGAACAGCGACUACAGUGCAUGAGCUGCAAGAGGGUCCGCUACACCAGCAACGAACAGGACGGUAUCUUUAUCGACGUGCCCCUGGAGAAGCUGCCAGCCGUAGAAGGCGAAGGAGAUCGCUACAAGCCGGUUACGCUUAAGCAGUGUCUCGACAAUUUCACCGCCAUGGAAGUGGUGGAGCUGACGUGCGCGUCGUGUAAGAGCAAGGACGGAUUCACGAAGAGGUCCCUAUUCAAGACCUUGCCGACCACCCUCGUCGUCAACGCGCGGAAGAUGACGAUAGAGAAUUGGGUGCCCCGCAAGGUCGACGUCCCGGUCAUAGUGGGAGACGAGCCGUUCCUGCUCGAUCAAUAUCUCUCUUCCGGGUUACAGCCGUCCGAAGAACUGCUGCCGGAAGAGGAGGCCUCUGCCGCUCCGGCUUUUGCGCCUAACGAGGCUGCGCUGGACGGACUCAUGGCCAUGGGAUUCCCACGCAACCGAUGCGAAAAGGCGCUCCACGCAACCGGUAACUCGGAUGUCAACGCGGCGAUGGAGUGGUUGUUUGGCCACAUGGAAGAUGCCGACAUCGACGAGCCUCUGGUCGUCGCCUCUACCGGCGCCGGAAGCAAUGCUGCGGUGGAUCCCGAGAAGGUCGAGAUGCUAGGGUCUAUGGGAUUCGGCGCGCCGCAAGCCCGCAAAGCUCUAAAGGAGACCAACGGCGACGUAGAGCGCGCGGUAGAAUGGUUGUUUAGCCACCCGGACGACCAAGGCGACUUUGGCGACGAGGCCGCACCGUCCUCAAAGGAGGUCGUCCCCGCAGGUAGCGCCGAGGUUCCAGCAAGGUUCCAACUGCAGAGCAUCGUAUGCCAUAAGGGAACCAGCAUUCACUCAGGACAUUACGUGGCAUUCAUCCGCAAGCUGCUCGACACGACAACGCCGAAGUGGGUACUCUUCAAUGACGAGAAGGUAGUAGAAGCAGGCGACGUAGAAGAGAUGAAGAAGACGGCAUACGUCUACUUUUUCAACCGCGUGAAUUGAUAGGCGGCUCACGAAGUGGGACAGACUAGUCGAGACGACGGUGUUUACGAACGACCAGGGCAUACAUAGCUGUUAGAAGCCACCUACGGCGUUUUUAGAUUUCGAAGAACACGCGCAUGACAGGCGAGGUACGGAGCCGAACCGGCAUAGAUAGUUUAGGGCUACCUGGCGGCUGAGCUGCGUUUGAUAGAUAGGGCAUUGCCAAAAACAUGUCAAUUCGGGAUCGUCUAAUAGUCCGUUCUCAUCCCUUGCGGUGCACCACGGAACUACCCCUUUGAUUAGGUAGCCUUGUAGAAUAAACAUCAAAAUUUGAUUAAU